CUUUCCUUCUUCUUCUUCGCUCUCCUGAACCCUCUUAGGUUUUUUUUUUCUCUCCCUUUCCUGCUCCCGAACCGAACCGGAGAUCGCCGGAGAUCGGCGGCGGCGGCGGCGGCGGGGAUGGCGAACAGGACGGACCCGUCGGCGAAGAGCAUCCACGGGACGAACCCGCAGAACCUGGUGGAGAAGAUCCUGCGGUCGAAGAUCUACCAGAACACGUACUGGAAGGAGCAGUGCUUCGGCCUCACCGCCGAAACCCUAGUCGACAAGGCCAUGGAGCUCGACCACCUCGGCGGCACCUUCGGCGGCAACCGCAAGCCCACCCCCUUCAUGUGCCUCGUCAUGAAGAUGCUCCAGAUCCAACCCGAGAAGGACAUCGUCGUCGAGUUCAUCAAGAACGAGGACUACAAGUAUGUCAGGGUUCUCGGGGCCUUCUAUAUGCGACUCACGGGCACGGUCGCCGAUGUGUACCAGUAUCUCGAGCCGCUCUACAACGAUUACCGGAAGCUUCGGCGGAAGCUACCGGAUGGGAGUUUUUGCUUGACUCAUGUGGAUGAGGUGAUUGAUGAGCUUUUGACUAAAGAUUACUCCUGCGACAUUGCCCUCCCACGAAUCCAGAAGAGAUGGAAUCUUGAGACUACUGGGGUAUUAGAGCCAAGAAGAAGUGCUUUAGAAGAUGAUUUUGAAGAGGAAGAAGAAAAAGAAGAAGAAGAACAACCGAUGGAAGUAGAAGCUGAUGGACAUGAGAAGGAUUACUAUCGAGGACGGAGUCCCACGAGGGGGAGAGACAGGGAUAGAAAGCGCGACGGCUACAAAUAUAGGGACCGGGAUUAUGAUCGUGACUAUGAUCGAGAUUAUGCAAGGGGCCGUGAGAGGGAUCGCGAUCGAGAUAGAGACCGCGAUAGAGAUAGGGACAGGGAAAGGGAUAGAGACCGACACAGGGCAAGAGACGAAAAGGACUAUGGUAGGGAGAGAGAGCGAGAGCGAGACCGUGAAAGAGAAGGUAGAGACAGGGAGAGGAGAGAGAGGGAGAGAGGAAGGCGGAGAAGCCGUUCCAGGAGCAGGAGCAGGAGCAGGAGUAGAGACCGAAGAGACCGGGACCGUGAAGAAGAUGGCGAAUAUCGUAAGAGGCGGACCCGCGGCAGUGUGAGCCCCACCAAAGAGGAGUCUAAGAAGAAGAAAGAGAAGAAAGAGAAGAAGAGUGACGGCACCGACCAUCCCGAUCCGGAAAUUGCAGAGGCCAACAGGCUUCGUGCUUCUCUUGGGUUGGCGCCGCUUAAGCUGUGAAAACAAGUUUUUGAGUUACAUAUGAGGCUAAUGUUGUAAUAACAGUUAAUGUUUCUGAUUUUCGAUCGAGGAAAACGAAGUUUUAUUGCUAUUUGUUAUGCACAGAUAUUUCUUGCAGAUUCAUCCGGCCGAUCGAAUCUAUGCAUGCCCACUGAUGUUUCAAUGUUAUAUUGGUUCACUUUA